AAAGCAUUAAAAAACCGCGAGCGAAAGAAAGAGACCUAAAACCCUAAUCGCGGCGAUCGAAGAUGAAGAAGAAGAAGAGGGAAAUGGAAGAAGACAGCGACGAAUUCGAUGACGAUGAAGAGGAAGCAGUCGUAGUUGGUCAAAUCCCUACGGUCUCAAUCCCUCGCCACAUCAAGAAGCGAUCUCUCAAGAACAAAGCCCUAAGCGUCAGCUUCAGCGAGAAAGACCUCAAGGAUUUUGUUGGUGGGUUCCACAAGAGGAAGAAGAAGAGGAGGAAGGAAGCGGAGAAACAGCAGAAGCAGAAGGACAGGUUGAAACGCAUUGAAGCACGAAAAAGGAGGAAGCAAGAGAAAGAACUUGCUCUUUAUGGUGGAGCGUUAGCGGAUCCAUCUGCACCAGAAUUAGAACCUGAUGAAGGCCCUGGUAGUGAUAAGGAAGAAGAUGAAUGCCCCGAAACUGCACCAGUUUCUGAAACAAAGACAUAUGAAAGUGACUACACAACAAUCACGGUUAACAUCAGUGAACUCAACGGUGAAGACGAGGAUGAUCUGAGGCCAGUUCGUCCUCUUACAGUACAGGGUACCUUGCCAGAAAAGAAAAACAAGUUGCCUGUGAAGAAGAAACCAAUGAAGAUUAUCAAACGACGAAAACCUCAGAAAAAAGCUGCAGGCGGCAAGAAGGAUAAAAGGAAGGGCAAGAGCAAACGAUAAUUAUCUAUGUGGAAUUUUUGUAUUUUUGUUUGAGCUCCUUUUGUAACACCUUAUGCUUUUGAGAAACAGACGAUAACAUUUUUAUGAAAAUGAAUUUGUCGGGAA